AUGAACGAGCUUAAAUCCCUUCAGGUUCAGAUUAGUGAGUUAGGUGCCCAAAAAGGAGCCGAGGUUGAACCUUUAGAAAACGCAAUUGAAGAUGCUCCCAUCUCAGAUGGUAUCAUGUCUACUGGGGAAGGAAGGAAGCAGGUGGAAGAAAAAGAGUUUAUUGAUUUGACGGAAGAUACAGAGGAUAGCAAGCUAAUGGAAUUGAUGACAGAAAUUGAGGUUUUGAACGUUGAGAAGAAAAAAGCCGAAAGUGACGUUCAAGUUUGGAAAACUAAGUGCAAUGAACUGGAAUGCCGUGUAAUGGAGUUGGAGCGACAUCUGACAUCUGGAUUUCAGGAAUUUGUGUCGUCUGGAGGGACAGAACUUGGGCAGGGAAAGGCUGUGGUAGGUAGAGGGGAGAAUAAUGCCACAAGUGAACCAAGUGAAAUAGGGACACCUAUAGGUGACACUUACACUGACGCAACACCUUUAGACAAAGGAAAGGACGCCAUUCUUCGCAGAAGAAAUUUGGAGUAUGGUGGUCGAUCUAGAAAGCAGUUGUUCUUUGGAGAAGAAACCAACUUAAGCCAGAAGAUAACUCCUGUUACACCAAUUGGCACAAAACCUGCUUGCCGUGGUCUCAUUGACAUCAGUGAUGAUGAAGCAGAUGCUAUGGAGUUAAUUAUGCUAAAUGGGAAAGAAAGGGAAAAGGCCAAUGAUAGUAACUAUCCGAACGGAGGCACAACUCUCGAUAAGAAUCAGUUUCCUUCUGAGGAUUUGACUGGAUCUUUGGAUCAGGAUGAUGAGGACAAUGUAAUUUGUCACAGUGGCAUCACUCGUAAGCGGCGAAGAGCUUCCAAUAUAAUUACUAGUGACAGCGAGAGUGAUAUUGAUGAUAACCUUCCUAUUGGCAGGUUGAGGAAAAAUUCAAAAACUGAUGGAGACGGAGAAUCUGUUGUUAGACGGCGAUUGGUGCGGUUGAGAAAUUUGAAAAAGGAGAAUGGAACUUUGACGGAGAACUCACCAGGUAAUUUACAGCGCAUGAAGGCUGAACGGCUUUGUGGUAUACCAACAAAUGUGACUUCCAAGGAUGAUGAAUCACAAGAGGAUGAUUCAGAAGGUGAACGUGAGAACCUAAAAGAUUUUAUUGUCAGUGACGGUGAUCUAUCAAGUGAUGAUGAAAGCGCUUCUAAUGGUGAUCUCUCGAGCACAGAUGGCUCGGAGUCUCAUGGUGAAUCAGGUGAUGAAGCUGUUAAUGAUAUUAAUUUAGGAAAGAUUAUAGCUAAACUAGGAAGGUUCAAAGAUCAUCCUAAAUGGAAUUGGGAAUUCCAGGGAGAUUUGCUAGCUGAUUUGGGUAAGGACCCGGAAUUAUGUAUGAAGGCUGUCUGUGCUCUUUAUCGGCAGCAAACGCCUGAUGAGAAAGCGAGUAAAGCGACAUUUGUUCGCAACGGUCAAGGACUAAGCCAGAUUGAUGCAGAGAGGGGUACAGAAUUGGGUGAAUUCCUGACGGCUGGAGAUCCUGAAGGUGAUUUGAGUAAAUCUGAGCAAGAAUCCAGUAUGAUGGGAAAGGCAUUGAUGGGUGUAGGCGGUUGGCACUCAACCCUACCCCUGGUUCCGUCUCUGAGUGCGGAACUUUGGGGUUUGUUCCAAGGUUUGACAUUAGCCUGGGAUCUUGGGAAAAGAUGUGUUGUUGCCGAUGUUGAUAGUCUUUGUGUUGUCAAGAUGGUUAAUGGGGAGGAUGAUGUGUUGGGAUUGAAUUGGGGAUUGGUUGGUGCUAUUAGAGAUUUGUUCGUAGAGACUGGAUGCCCUGCAACUAAAAAUCCUAAUAUGUAUGUUUCCAUGAAGCAAACACAUAAUCCCAUUGUCAGCAGUGAGGACGAAGCAGAUAAUACCCCAUUGAUUAAGCUUUAUGGGAAAAGACGGAAAGAUGUCAAUGACACAAUGGAUCCUAGCGAAAACCGUCCGUUUCCUUCUGCUUCAAACGAUAGUGAUGAGGAUAAUGUAUUGUGUCAUAGUCACAUAACUAGAUAG